AGAGAUCCAUUCCCAAGCAUCAUGCAAAUGUAGACCACUUGAGUCUAGACUAAAGGUUGAAGUUUUAAUUGGGCUUAUAAUAAAAGAAGCUUUUCUUUUGUUUACAGCGGCGUUCGCAGACGAGGUUGAAGAUUCGCAGCCGCUCCUGUAUGUACUGGCAAGGCCCUCGGUGUUCAAUGUGGGCGAUAGGAGAGCUAUCUUCUGCAAAGGAAUAAAUAUUGAGGAUGAGAUAAACUGGUACUCUCCCUCCGGGGAGGUAGUCAAGGAGCGAGACAACCUGAGCUCCAGGACAUACGUGGAGCGGAAGGUGGAGGGAAAAGAAGUCAAGGUGCCGCUGAUUUUCCACGAGCUGAAGAUAUCUGAUAGCGGCAAGUGGACGUGCAAAGCGGGGAACUACAAUGAGACCGUUGAAUUCAUUGUGGGAUCGAAAGUGAAAAUUGUAAAUAGGACCGAGAAUAAGAUCGGCGAAGAAGGGAAAUCCAUAAAAAUGGACUGCGAAGCUAAUGGACACCCUAUGCCAGUGGUGCAGUGGUACAGGAAUCAAAAGCCCAUUAAUGCUGAUAGUAAAAAGAACAAGUACAGCAUCAGGAAGAAGGGCGACUUGUACACGAUGGAGAUAAAGGAUCUAUCGUACGAAGACAUCGGCGACUACGUGUGCAAAGUGACGCAGAAAGCUCUCUCACACUACAUAGACAAAACCAUCACCUUGUCUGUUAAACAUGGGCCAAUUCUCCGUACCUACGAGACAGUUGAAACGUACGCCAUUUUAAAUGAAACCAAAAACAUAACCUGCAGUGCAUUCGCCUUCCCUCCUCCCGAAUACGAGUGGAUUCGCACAAGGGACAACUUUGAUUCUCCCAUUCCUGAAGAUGAUAUUGUAUUCACUGACAAAGAUGGCACGUACUCGGUGCUGAGUCUCCGAGUGCGCAGCGAGGAAGAUCUCGGCCAGUACAAGUGUAAGGUCAGCAACAACAAGGGCAGCAAGACAGUCGUAUUCGACGUGUCGCUCGGAAACAAGCCUCCUCCACCAGACUCAGUCACUCUGAUGAGUGCCAAUGGAAGUGCCUUGGUCUUCAACGUGAGCUGCUCACAGUGCAACUUUCAGAAGGAGGAAGAAGGUGUUUCGCCUCCUCCGUCUAACCUUACGGUUAUUGCCUUCGAAUUCCAGCUGACUCCCGCGGUAGAGGACUAUCUACCUGACUGGGACGCAGCGUUUGAAAUCUUCACUUUAGAUAUUACAGACGAUAGGUCAUACGUCGUCGGCCCCCUGCCCAACUCGACCACGUUCCACGCCCGUGCGAGGUCCCUGAACAUCGCCGGCUACUCCGACUGGACUGACAUCUCUCCGAGUCCCAGCACCACCGCCCACGCCAUCCGACUGCUCGCUUCAGCCGCACUUCUUGUGUUCACAGUCGUCGCUCUAUGGUUCUAAGCUGUUAAGGAUCGCCAGGUGUAACCAAAGCUUUUUUGUGCUGUAACAACUCCAGCUGUGCCAGUAAACUGUACCGACCCCUCCGCCCACGCCGAAUUUUUGAAGUUAAUCGGCGUUAGUCGCAUUUGCAACGCGUUACAGAAGUGGCAUGAUUUUAAGUUGAAAAAAUGUCUGCCACAGUGGGAAAUAAGGGCACGCGUCACAUGGAUCCAUAACUUUUCACUUGUCAGACACCUGCUCUGUCCUGUUGAAGUGAUUUCUAAAAGCACCUGAAGAGACAGGCAAUUAAUUAACGUAAUAAAACAUGUGUAACAAAAAAAAUCAUUUAUUAGGGAUUUUAAUCGCCGCGACAGUCAACUGGCAUUCAGCUUAGCACUUUGUUUUACACACCUUGUUUACAUAGUGUGGCCUAGCCUUAUCUCGGAGUUUUAAGAGCCAAUUCCAUAUUGUAGAAUUGAUAUCGCCAAAUCAUCAAUCAAUCAAUCAAUGUGUGCUUUAAUGACGAUGGAUGAGUUUGAUAAAUGGUUUCUACAUUUGAAUAUAUUAAUUGGUGAAUGUUCGUUCAUGUAUUUAAGACCAUUGUGCUUUAACUCCGAGACAACACGAGGUGUUUGAAAAUAUUUAUCUGGCGUACUUGGCGAUUCUAAUAAGUUUAGGCGAUGGCGUGGGGUUGUCAUAAUCCAAAUUCGGUUUAUUUUUGUCGAAUUAUUAUAAAAUUUAACUUUCACUAUUUGAUUUGACUGUGAAAAUAUCAAAGUUUGUAAUUUUGACGAGGCUAUUAACAUUAAUUUACUUUUAAGUUUGUAAAUAUUUAUAUUUAGGUUUUGUAUCUCCAUACUUCCAACUCCCCAUGACAUUCCAAACUAAGUUUAGAUAGGAAAUAUUUGAAAUAAUUGUCUAUUAGUGCAGUUUCAAUUAAAUAAGUUCAUUGUCAUACCCAUAUGUAUAACAAUGGCCUGAACUUGAUAUAUGUAUAAAUAUAAACAAACAUUGUUAAAGUAUAAUAAUAUGUGAUAGUAAGUAAGACUCUUUUAAUUUACUGACGAUACUUAGAAAUAUUCGGUUCUAUAAUAUGAAUGAUUUGAAGCAUUUUAGUUCUAGCUGUACUGUUAUUACGUUUAAUUAUAAUACAUAAUAUACUUGCGAGUUAUAUAGAUGAUUAUAUUUAACUUUAACUAUUGUAAUAACUAUUGGAAAUGUCUGAGUGUUCUAAAUAUAGAUUGCGUCCAAAUUUCCUACAUGCAUGUUUACAAUUUAUCGUUGAAAUACAAUCGUAAAUGUUACCACUUUUAUAUAUUUUGCUGAAUUCCUAACGUUAUUGAUUAUAUAGCAUUUUUAUCGAUGUAAAUAUUGUCUUUUGUGUUUAAAAUUUUCUAAGUUUAGAGUUUAAGGUCACUUGCGUAAUGAAAAGUGUGGUAUGUUUUUGUUUAGUAUACUGUACACACAUCUUCAGUGAGAAAACAAUAUUGUUUCAUGAUUUUCUACUUAAGAGUCUCCUGUAAUCUUAACUGUGUCACCGUAAAUUUAAGAAAUUAGGGUGUCACUUAUCUAACAAAUAAUUUUCUAAAAUAUAUUUCUAUCGCCAAGAAACAAAAUACAACAUCCACAAAGACAGUUGAUCGUAGAAUUUGAUAAAAUUUACCCCAGAAACGAAAUAAAAUGGAGCUGCAUUUUCUAGACUAGAAUUAUAAUACAGGCGAUUCUUAAGUUUAAAAGCGAAUUUUAGAAACCCAAAUAUAAUUAAUGCAUCUAAAAUUACCUGAAGAUGUAAAACAUCUUAAUUUAUGUUUAGAGUAAAUUAUUUUAGUGCUAUGAUUGUAGAAUUAACAUUGUUUAAGUAUAAUAAAACGAAACUAUUAUAAUUAAACUGAGACAAUAUUCGUGCAGGUACUACUUUAUACCGACUAUCCCAACUUCUUAUUAGUGUCUUUGAUCUGAUUUAUCAAUUUACCUUUUGUAAAAGUUUUGAUCAGCUAUUUUAAAUUUAAAUCACACUAUCAAUGCGAAUAAAGAUUACCUAUAUCAAUUUUGGUAU